CGCGCUUGGAGCACCUUAGAAACUGCUCUGUGGAACUUUUCCUCAGGGAGGUCGGCACCUCCUGGUCUGCCCCAAGACAGAGAAUGGCUGUACUUCAUCAGAAGCCUGUCUUGGAUAUGAUUAAAGAGUUUAGAAGGAAUUGGCAUGUUCUUUGUAACUCUGAGAGAACUACUCUCUGUGGUGCAGACUCCAUGCUCUUGGCGUUGCAGCUUUCCAUGGCAGAGAACAACAAACAGCACUAUGGAGAAUUUACAGUCUCUCUCAGUGAUGUCUUAUUGGCCUGGAAAUACUUACUACAUGAGAAAUUGAACUUACCACUUGAAAAUAUGGAGGCAAUUAACCAUUAUGAAGACAUUAGGAAGAUUUAUGAUGAUUUCUUGAAGAACAGUAAUAUGUUAGAUCUGAUUGAUAUUUAUCAAAAAUGUAGGAUUUUGUCUUCUAAUUGUGAAAAUAAUGACAAGAUAUCGCCUAGUCAACUACGGGAUUUUCUGUCUGGCAAACAGUAUGCAGUUAAUGAUGAAACUGAUCUUUAUGUACCGACAUCACCAAUGACUAAACACAACCAGGAUAAUGAAAAGGUGCAAGUACUAGCGAAGAAAAUUAUUCUUUCAUAUUUAAGCCUAAUAGUGAAUUCAAAGAAUGACCUGGCUCUGGCUCAUAUUCUCAAUAUUCCUGAUAGAGGCCUUGGAAAAGAAGCCUUCACCGAUUUGAAACAUGCUGCUCGAGAGAAGCAGCUAUCUCUCUUUUUGGUGGCCACGUCCUUUAUUAGAACAAUACAGCUUGGAGGGAAAGGAUAUGCACCAUCACCAUCUGAUCCACUAAGGGCACAUGUAAAGGGAUUAUCUAAUUUUAUUAAUUUCAUUGAUAAAUUAGAUGAGAUUCUUGGAGACAUACCAAAUCCAAGCAUUGCAGGGGGUCGGAUACUGUCAGUGAUAAAGAUGCAACUGAUUAAAGGCCAGAACAACGGGGAUCCUUUUUACAAAGCAGUAGAGGAAGUUGCUCAAGAUUUGGAUUUGAGGAUUAAAAAUCUUUUCAAUUCUCAACAAGGAGAGGUGGCCGUUAACAACACUGACAUCAGUCCUGCACGGCCAAAAUCUUAUUGCAUAAAUCAUGGUACUGCAUACUGUGGCAGAGAUACUGUGAAAAUUCUGCUUUAUCUGUUGGAUGAAGAAGCAGCCAGUGUUCCUACCAAAAACAAAGCAGAGCUUUUAUAUGAUGAUGAAAACACAAUUUAUAAUGGCACUUCUAUUCUUACUCUUUUUAGAUCUCCCACACAAGUGAAUAAUUCAUUGAUGAAGCCCCUAAGACAACGCAUCCAUAACUCAAAGCAAGAGAAAAAAAUUAAGAUGAAGCAAACUUUAAUUAGAUCCCAGUUUGCUUGUACUUAUAAAGAUGACUUUACGAUAAGCAAAAAUAUAUGGGAUAAUGUUAAUUCAGCAUCAAAGCCUUUGCAUGUUCUUCAUGUGGAAAAUGACCUUUCUGAGGACAUAAAUUCAUCUGUUGGAAGAUCAACAGUUGGAAUGAGUUCUGGAAAUGCUCAUCUGGACAGACAUAAAAAUCAAAAAGCAUCAAGAAAACGAAGUAGUCAGACAGGAAAUAAAAGCUCAAAAAGGAAACAGGUGGAUUUGGGUGGUGAACAUAUUCUCUGUGAUAAUGGAAAUGAACCACAUCUACAUAACAAUGUUAAAAUACCUAAAACAUCAAACAAUUCACAGAAUAAGUCAGAUGGCAAACUAGCCAUAGUAACUAAAGGCAGUAAGUACACCACCAAGGACAAGUUGAUUACUGGCCAGACAAAGUUAACUCAGUUUUUUAGACUGUAAAUUUGUCUUUUAUGUGUUUUAGAGUUAUGUAUAU